AUGCUAACAGGCUGGUUUGGCUCAACUGAAGCGGGCAGCCGAGCUUCCGGAUCAGACAGCGGCAGCAGAUCCGACCCCGACGAUGACACCCAAAUCAUGGAGCCCGAUCAGGGAAACGUCCUGUCGCACAUCAUAUCCCAGCUACGUCCGGGUGCCGACUUGAGCCGCGUCGUCCUUCCCACCUUCAUCCUCGAGCCGCGCAGUAUGCUCGAGAGAAUAACAAACUUCAUGUGCCACCCGGAAAUGCUCCUCCACAUCCCCACCAUAGACGAUGACGUCGAGCGCUUCGUUUCCGUUGUCAAGUUUUACCUCAGUGGCUGGCACAUUCGACCUCCAGGUGUCAAGAAGCCCCUCAACCCUAUUCUCGGCGAAGUCUUCUCAUGCUACUGGGACCUUCCGGACAACAAGAAAGCAUACUACAUUUCUGAGCAGACGUCGCACCACCCACCCAAGUCGAGCUACUUUUACAUGGCACCCGACCACCACAUUCGCAUUGACGGCACCCUCAAGCCUCGCAGCAAGUUUCUCGGCAACUCCGCCGCCAGUAUGAUGGAGGGUAUUGCCUUUUUGAGCCUUCUCAACAGAGGCAAGGACAAGACCAAGGGCGAGAGAUACAUCGUUACUCAGCCCAACAUGUAUGCCCGUGGCAUUCUAUUUGGCAAGAUGAAGUACGAGCUCGGAGACCACAGUUUUGUUCGCUGCCCCGAACUCGACCUCACCGCCGACCUCGACUUCAAGACCAAAGGCUGGGUCAGCGGCACUUACAACGCCGUCGGCGGCGUCAUCAAGCGCGAGAGCACCGGCGAAGUGCUUUACGAGAUCUCCGGCAUGUGGCACGAGAAAAUGUCCAUCAAGAAUCUUGCCACUGGACAGAGCGAAAUGUUUUUUGAUGCCACGCAUGCCAAGCCCAGCAACCCCCAGACCCGGCCCAUUCCCGAGCAAGAGGAGCGUGAAUCCCAAAGACUAUGGGAGUUGACGGCCAAGGCUGUCAAGGAGCGCAACCACGAAGUAGCCACGGACGAAAAGACCAAGAUCGAAGACCGCCAGCGUGCGGAGGCCGCUGCUCGCGCCCAAGAAAACAAGGAAUGGCAGCCCCGACUAUUCCGCGCCGUCAAGCCCUCUGCCGAAGAGUCUGAACAGGGCGAGGAGAGCCUAGAAUGGAUCAUUGACGCCCACAUUGACAGCUCGGCUUCUCCCGAUGAACAAACGAAGCAGGUUCUGUCUAUAUUCCCUGUCCUGCCUGGGCAAAACGCUGGGAAAGUACCGGCCGCUCCCUCAAACGACGCAGCGCAUGCAGCGCCAUCGCCUACCGCCGCUAAACCUGCCGCCUCCGGGAACGACCUCAUUGAUAUUGGCAACGAUGCGUCCGCGGCACCACCCGUCAAGCCAGCCGACGACGUUGGAGCCAUGCUCAAGGAGACGGGCAAGCCUGGCGAGGGGUCGCUGAUUGAUCUGUAA